AUGUUUCAAACAGUUCAAAUAUUGACCAUCCUUUUUCUAGCCAUUAAUGGUCCUUCAUGCCGAGGCUCGACAUUGAAAGUUGUUUCACGUGCACGUUCUAAUGACAAUAAUGAUGGUUCUCCCCAAAUUGUCUAUUAUUCACAAAGUGAUCAUUAUCAGAAAAAGGAUAAACCCAAAGAACCACAAAUAGUGGAAGAAGAUUUUGAAGAAGCCGAACAAGAACAAGAAAAAGAUGGCCGCAAAGUACCCGACUACUUAUAUCCCACUACCAUACCCAUGAUGAAUGAUAAUUUCAAAAUUAUUGUACCACAAAUGUCCAAUUAUCCCAUGUAUGGUUUGGAAAAUCGCAUAGCAUUAAAUGAAAUGAGACCUUCCAAUAAUUACUAUAACACUCAGCGUUUGUCGUUGCCAAAUCCCAAUUUACAAUUUGGUUUAAAUCUAAAUGCCAAUGCGGGCAUGUAUGGCGAACAGAGACCUGGUAAAAAACCCAUGUCUGAAAAAGAGGAACAGCCUAUGUAUCAGCAGACAGCCAUAUUACCCUUGAUUAUAGCCGGACCACCUGGUCCUCCGGGUCCACCAGGACCUCCUGGUCCUCAAGGACCUACUGGCAGAAUGGGACCUCAGGGCAAACCAGGACCACAAGGUCCUAUGGGUCCUCCUGGACCUCAAGGUCCUGCCACUGCUUCCGGUAGUGCCUAUACAACUUUAGGACAAAGUCAUGGUGUUUGGUAUGCGGGUGGUAAAUCUUUGAUACCAAUUAUUCAAACUCCCAAUAAUAACAAUAACAACAAC